CUGGGGCGGCGGGCGGGCCGGCCGAGCCUGGGAAGUGGCCGCGGGGAGUCGGGCGGCGGCGGCGGCGGCGGCCGGCGGUCCACGGGCCACGGACUGUGGAGGACAGAGGAAGGAGGAAGGAUGCAGACAAUUAAGUGUGUGGUGGUUGGAGAUGGGGCUGUGGGGAAGACUUGCCUUCUCAUCAGCUACACGACCAAUGCCUUUCCCGAGGAGUACAUCCCCACAGUCUUCGACAACUACAGUGCUCAGAUGUCUGUGGAUGGCCGGACAGUCAGCCUGAAUUUGUGGGACACAGCUGGCCAAGAGGAAUAUGACCGACUCCGGACCCUGUCCUACCCGCAGACCAAUGUCUUUGUCAUCUGCUUCUCCAUUGGCAGCCCCUCAUCCUAUGCCAACGUGCGGCACAAGUGGCAUCCAGAGGUCUCUCAUCACUGCCCCAAUGUGCCUAUCCUGCUUGUGGGCACCAAAAAGGACCUGCGAAAUGACCUUGCCACAUUGAAGAGGCUGAAGGAGCAGAGCCUAACACCUACUACCCCUCAGCAAGGGACUUCCCUGGCUAAGCAGGUGGGCGCCGUUAAGUAUCUGGAAUGCUCAGCCCUGAUGCAAGAUGGAGUUGGGGAGGUGUUUGCAGAGGCUGUGAGAGCUGUGCUAUACCCAGUCACCAAGAAGAACACAAAGAAAUGCAUCCUUUUGUAGCUCCAGGGACAAUGCCUAGGCACCAUCCAGAGCAUCCCCAGUCCUGGGGGUACUUGGGAUUGGGCCUGAUUUGGAAGUGGGGAAGGGGGCACGGGGGAGCUGGCCACAGCUGGGUGGGACUGCCUGCUCCUUGGUGGUGAGCAUUGGGCUUUGUGGGCAAAAAAGAAAGAAGGCAGGUGUGGUUGCAUGCAGUUGUUGCCUUAAGGUUUUUCUUUUUUUUUUUUUUGGUGGACUAAUUUUUAAAAAUGUUCUCAUUUCUGUUUCCCAGAUGUUCCUUGUGUUUAGUCCUGCUCCUCCCCUUCUGCCUCUGCCCUUCUCACCUCUCCCUGCCCCCCCCCCCCCAGGCUUUUUCAUGGGAAAGGUUCAUGAGAAAUAGGGGCCUUCACGUGAGGGUAGUGGGGCAGAAGAAGCUCGUGUCCACUUGGAUCUCCUUUGGUUUCCUACCAAGCUCUGCCUGACUUGGGACCCCAGGUGACAUUUCCAGUUUGGCUCUUUAUCCCCAGAAUUUAGCACAGAGUAAAUGCUUCACAAAUGCUCAUCUGUUGAUGCAAAGAUUAAUGGGGGGACCGGUGCUUUGGGGCUAGGUUCUGGUGGCACCACAGGCCUAGUGGUGGCCAACAUUUCAUUACUCUUUUCUACCCAGAAGAGGGAAACAGCACAAACAGUCCGUGCUUAGCCUACUUCUUACCACUUCCAUUAAGGAAAUUCUGUGUCUCUAUUCUUCUGGGCUGAACUUUGAGACUGCUUGAUGGGGACAGUUUUCCUGUCUCCAUCCCUGCCCUAUGAGGCUUGACACCUGCUCCUUCCUUAGGCCUUGUUAGUAGCUUGAGGCUCCCUGUUUGGCCAAAGUAACUCAGAUAUUCUCUUCCCCCCAUUCUCCCUCCAGCUGAGUUUACAGGAUUUUGUGAUUCCCUAGAAGGAAAAAGAAAACCCUUUGACUUUUGAUUCUGGGCUCUGCUUUGGGAGCCUGACCUCCCCACACAGCCCAGUUUUAAAAACUACACUGAAGCUGUUGGGAAUCUGAGAAAUGGAAUGAGAAGGAUCUCUUGUGCCUUCAGUAAAUACUAUGUGCCUUUUGUUACCCUAGCAGUCCCCCUGGGUGCUGGAUUUUGGCCUGGGUGUGCUUAGGGUGAGCCUUCUGGAGCAGUAGGAACCCAGGUUAGAAGCAACAUUAGGGGUUGGGGUAGGGAAUUUGCACCCAUCCUUCCUUUCCUCUUCACCCUAAACUAACGUCUCUCUUCUUUAUGUGCCAUGACAUCAUGAGAUGAAACUUAGCAGGCUUCCCAGUCACUUUAUCCCCAGCUUUGGACAGUGCUUACUGGUGCUUCCACAUAGCCUGGCACCAGUGGACUGAACCUGUGAAAGAUAGGCCCAGAAAAUAUACUGCUGUCCAUGUAUCGGCUUCUAACUCCUUCUCCACACCUAUGCCUAUUUUCACGCAUGUGAUCCACUGUGUAUCCCAAGGGGAUGGGGGGGAAGGCUGCCUCUCUCGGUAGAGGCAGGAUCAUCUUAGCCAAGGUACAUUAGCACUUUGGAAAAAAAGGCCCUGCUAUAAUGAGGGGAAGGUGUUGUCCUCAAGAGCCAGCCACUUCUGGGCAAGCAGUAUCGGCUGUUCGGAUGUUUGCCCACCAUCAGCCAAACAAGAUCUCAAAAGUGCAUUAUGGCUGUUCUAAUGGAUCAAGUCAGUAGUACCCUCUGAGGGCUUGCCCAAUCAGUGUCAAAUUCAUCAAAGUGCAAAGUUUUCAACCCAAUUUUCUCAGCAGUUCCAAAUUCUCUCCCUUCCCUCUCCCACUCAUUGAGAAGGCAAGAAAACUGAAACCCAUUACAAAUAUGUAGUCAUACAAAACAAAUUCCACAUUAGCCCUCACCUCCCACCCCACCCCCAAAAAAAGUUAGAAGAAGAGAGUCCUGAGUCUACCAGCUCUUUUUCUGGAGGUAGAUAGCAUGUUUCAUUACGAGUGCUAAGAAUUGUGGUGGGUCGUUGUGUUGCUAAGAGUUCCUUAAAUCUUUUACAAUUAAUUUUCUUUACAGUAUCAUGGUUACUUUAUAGAUUGAUCUGGGGCUGCCCACUUCGAUGUCUUUCCAGGUUUCUCUCCCCCAGUAUAUGACGAUAUCUGGCAGGGGAGGUUACUUGGUUUCUCCGAAUUAAUGAAUGCUUUUUCUAAAGUGAGGCCAAAGGCCUAGCUCUGACUUAUUUGGUGGGGCAAGUUUUUGGGGGUGUUUGAUAUGAACAGCCGACUGAGACUUACAACUGCACCUCUCUUGUGGGGGCUUUAAUCCUGUGGUGCCUUGCCUCCCAUCCUCACAUUCUUCAAGUCUGGAUAUUGCUUGGGCCCACCUGUGCCCAUGGCUGAUGGGAUGUGGUACUGUAACAUACACUGGUAACUUGAUUUGUAUACUUAAAUGGAUUUUGUAUGAAGACUAAUAUGCUAGAGUCACUUGUAAAUUAUUCAUAAUUAAAUGGUGGUAAAGUUCUGCUCA